AUGAUGAAUAAUACUCAAACAAUGAUACCUCCGCAACAGUUAUGGCGAAAGAAAUUUCCAGCGAUUAUAUCAGGAAUAUUUUCAUUUAUUCAAUUUGUACUUAUGGUUAUCAUUAUCGGAUGUGAAGUGGGUAGUAUGUUGAUUGAUAUUGUAACUGCUACUAUAUAUGUUGGUCUCUGGGCAAGUUUAUUCUUUAUGAUUGCAUGGAUUUCACAAGCAACAUCUUCAUGUUGUUGUCGUAAUCGUGGAUGUGCAACAUAUACAUUGAUUGCUCAGUGUAUUUCCUUGUUUUUUGCUAUGUGUAUUAUUGGUUUUGAUGCUUAUUAUAUAAUUUCUCCUACUACUUGUUUUUUUUCAUCAUAUAUAUGCAGUAGCUCAGCACCUGCUCGAGGUUUAUUUUAUUCCAGUGCAAAUUUUAAUGAUAUUAAAAUACCAUUGAUCAAAGGACAAUUGGCUGCUGGUUGUCUCAUGUUUAUUAUAUGUUUAGUUUAUAUCGUUAUAUAUAUAAUAACAAGUAUCCGAGUUCAUCGAGCUAAACAACCAAGAACUAUUUAUCCACAGGUACAAAAUCCUUUUACAGCUCCAUCUACAAUAUCGAAUGGUAUUUUAACUGCACCACCGAUUACUAAUUAUUCUACACCAACGACGCUCUAUAAUAGUGAAAUUGUAUGUCCAACAUGUAAAACAGUAAUGAAUAUGACUCCAAGUAAACGACCACCAAUGUAA